CAAAUUUUUUUCUACAAGGGUAGAAAUAUGACACCAGCUCCUCUUCUGCCAACUCUGAGCCUGGGCUCUUUUCUCAAACGACUCCGUCUUUGCUUUGCACAUUAACAUCAAAUAUCAAGCGCUUGAACAAAAUACAUCUGGCCUUUUAACACGUGGAUCUCGCGCAGCAACAGUUCUUCAAGACCCCCAAAACAACAAACCGGCUAGUGUUUUAUAUAGAGAAAACUAAACAGACACUUUGGAAGUUUUUUUUUUUUUUUUCUCUCUCUGUGGUGUUUUCCCUGGACAUCGGCUUUCUGUGCAGUACAUUUUGGGAAUAGCGCGUUUUCAUCUUAUCUCAAGCUUGGAGUUACUGUUUUCAGACUGAUGCGAGUAAGGACUGCGUCAACAUCCGCAAAACUCCUUUGUGUGCAUCCUUCCCUCAGGAUCUCAGCAACAGCUCUUUUUAGGGGAUAAUGUGAAUGGUCGUCUGCUUUCUUGAGGAUUGGUGUUUUUGCGAUAAGAAACGAUGGCGCGUUCAGUAGUACAAAUGUGUCUCGGCGUACUUUUCUUUGGACUUUUGUUGUUCACGCUUCCAUCUGCGAGAGCGCAAGAAGAUGUGGAGGAGGAGAGAUCAUGUCAGGGCGCUUUUGACUUGUAUUUUGUCCUUGACAAGUCAGGAAGCGUCAAAAACCACUGGCAUGAAAUCUACAACUUUGUCGAACAUUUGGCUGAGAAAUUCACCAGCCCAAUGCUGCGAAUGUCCUUCAUCGUGUUCUCAACCAGAGGAAACACAAUCAUGAGACUCACGGAAAACAGGGAGACCAUAAGAAAAGGCCUUAAUGCUCUCAGACGAGAGAUCCCAGGCGGAGAUACAUUUAUGCAUCUUGGUCUAGAAAGGGCAAAUGAGCAAAUACACCAGGAAAACUUUGGAACUGCAAGUGUCAUAAUAGCACUGACGGACGGCGAGCUUCAGGAACAUCAGCUGAUAGCAGCUCAACAGGAGGCAGCACGAGCUCGGACAUUGGGUGCAAUCGUGUAUUGUGUCGGCGUGAAGGACUUCAAUGAAACACAGCUGGCUACCAUAGCGGACACCAGUAAGCAUGUGUUUCCGGUCUUGGGAGGAUUCCAGGCGCUGAGAGGAAUGAUUGACUCGAUAAUCAAAAAGUCUUGCAUCGAGAUCUUGGCAGCGGAGCCAUCCAGCGUAUGUGCAGGAGAGUCGUUUCAGGUGGUGGUGAGAGGGAACGGGUUUCGACACGCCAGAAACAUUGACCAGGUUCUGUGCAGCUUCAAAAUCAACGACACAGUCACGCUCAACGAGAAGCCUGCGAGUGUCGAAGACACGUUCUUGCUGUGCCCUGCGCCUGUUAUUGAUGAAGUUGGAAAGGUGGUGUACCUGCAAGUCAGCAUGAACGAGGGUCUGUCGUUCAUCACCAGCUCCGUUCACAUCACUACAACGGAGUGUUUUGAUGGCACCAUCCUCCUGAUCACCCUGUUGGUGCUGUUUCUAUUGCUGGCUCUGCUGUUCAUGUGGUGGUUCUGGCCACUUUGCUGCACUGUAGUGAUCAAGGAACCCCCACCUCCUCCACCUCCAGAGCCAGAGUCAGAUGAUGAUGACGGGAUGCCAAAGAAGAAAUGGCCCACGGUGGACGCCUCGUAUUACGGCGGUCGAGGAGUCGGAGGAAUUAAACGAAUGGAGGUUCGCUGGGGAGGGAAAGGCUCUACCGAGGAGGGAGCCAAGCUGGAAAAACCCAAAAACGCUGUCAUAAAGAUGCCCGAGCAGGAGUUUGAACCCUUUGAACCCAAACCCAAAAAACCAAACAGGAAGCCAGCUCAAAACAGGAAGUGGUAUUCUCCCAUUAGGGGUAAACUCGACGCGAUCCUGGCUCUUUUCCGACGUGGAUAUGAUCAAGUUUCACUUAUGAGGCCACAACCGGGAGAUCAUGGUCGAUGCAUCAACUUCCAACGAGUCAAAGAGGAGGCGGCGGCGGCCAAAGCUCCUCCUCGAGCUCAGAGCCCAGCUCCACCUCCUCCAGACUACGAGCCCGUCCCCAGCGCCGACAGCGCGCCUCUGAACCGAGGGCCGCCGCUGCCCCAGCCUCCGCCCGGACCUCCGCCCGCCCGCAUCCCACCCGGUCCCCCGCCGGCCCGAGCCCCGCCGAGACCCUGAGAGAUACACCCAGCCCCUCAGUGCAAUCCAUCCUACGGCCAAACCACCGAGCUUAACAAAAGUGCACUUCCAGAGUGUACUUAAAGUGCUCCAUUUCCGCGCACUAAUUUUUAUACGUAAUAUACUAAAAAUGAUUCUUUAGUACUUUUAAGAUAAACUUAAGAUCAACUAAGUGUACUCAACUCUGCUAUUUUGGUACACCGUGAAUAUGAAGUCAAUUAGCAGAUGCUUUUAUCCAAAGCGACAAUAGAAGCAAUCAAAAUCAACAAAAGAGCAAUAAAAUGCAAGUGCUAUGACAAGUCUCAGUUAGCCCAAUGCAGUACAGGUAGCAAGUUUAUAUAUAUAUAUAACAAGCAGUUAUGAGUGCAAGUGAUAGAGGGUCAAGUGUUUUGUUUUUUGUUUUUUGUUAAGAAAACAGAUUAAAUAGAGUUAGAAUAGAGAGUGCAAGAGUUAGAGGGUCAAAUAAAGAUGGAAGAGAUGUGUUUUUAGCCGAUUCUUGAAGAUGGCUAAGGACCCACCAUCCAUUGCGUUUAAAGCAGCUUUUGUCCUCGGUGCACUUCUGCAGAGUUUUUCAGGACGUUUUGAAGGUAGCUUUCUUGAAGACACAGUUCUUCUGGAUUUAGUCUCAGUUUGUUCUGGUUCUUCAUGUCAUUCCAGACAGACUGAUGAUGAUCAGAUCAGACAAAAAUCUCACUGGAUUAUUACAGUUAAUGGCAAAAUGAAUGUUUGGAAAUGUAAACUGAUAUUACCUUCUGACAGUCGACCACUCGUAGUACACUUGAACCAUCUUUCAUACACUUGCAAGCAAGUGUACUACAACUAAAUACAUUGUUUAAAUACAGAGAUAGUAUUGUUAAAAGCAUAUUUUAGUUCAUAUUCACGGUGUCCCAAAAUAUUUGAAUACACUUAGUUUAUCUUAAGAAGUACUAGCGAAUAAUUUUUAGUAUAUUAAGUACAAAAUGAAUGCACGGAAAUAAAGCACUUUAAGUACAUUAUAGAAGUGUACUUUUUUUUUAACCUGGGAAACCAAAAAACCCACGUGCUAUUUAUCGCUCAGCUUCGAUUAGGAUGUGCUGUGUCGUUUGUUGCUGGACAGCAAAAAAAAUGUAAGAAAAGCAAAAAGAAGUAACUGUCGUGACAAAAAUUCAACUACUGAGUUUUCCGUACGCAGAUUAAGAGAGACCGUUUUUAGCUUUGUGCUCCUUUUCAUCGUUCCCGUUGCGUUCAUGUACAGAGUGUUUUAAAGCACAUAUGAAUCCUAUGAGCUUCUGAUAUCAUGCCAAAAUGUCCCAAGUAACCAGUAUUAGAUGCUAUGUUAUAUUGUUAGUGCCUCUCGAGUAUUUUGAUUUUUUUAUGCAGUGUUGAGUCACAGAUUUUACAGUCGUUGAGUUACAGGUUCUCUCAGGUGAGUCUCUGAUCCUGUACGAGGGGAAAAUCGUCGCAUGUCAAAAUGUAAGAGGAAUGCAAGUGAUGAACGCGGAAAGGCAGGGUUGGAUCGUUUACUGUAGAUUAUUGUCUUAGUAUGUCACAAGUUUCUUCGUUUAGGCGCAGCUGAUGUGCAGGGUUUGUCUUGAAUCACGCAGUUGCUGGAAUUCUGACAGAUUCUCGAAGGUGCAAAAGUGGGAUUUAAGAACGGUUUCGAUUUUAUCACGGAUCUUUAUCUGCACUGAAAAAAUGGUAACCUUUUAAUGGUUUUGUUCAAAUCACUAAAUAGUGUUUAGCAUCACUGAAUCAACCUAAAUGCAUGCAUUUAUACCAACAAAAGUCAUUUUUAUGGGGUAAAAAUUGCUCUUUAAGGUAACAAUUUCUGGUUACCACUUUUUACAGUGUGGGUGAAUGUCAAGAAAAUAUGUCCAGGUCACAUUUCACACCAAAAUUAAAAGAAAGAAAGAUUUUUUUCUAUUACGACAUUAUUUUCAUGUCUGUUAAGAGCAUUUAAGCCCAAAAUUCUCAUUACCGUAUUGCAUCAAGGAUAAUUUUUUGUAAUUACCAUUAUUCUCAAUAGUGUUUUUUUAUUAGAUUAUCAGUAUCGUGAUACAAUAUUUUUAGUGAAUGUAUAAUGUAUAAAUAAACUGAAACUUGCAUCAUUAUAUUUUAUUUGCAGCAUUUCGUAAUGAUUAAAGUUGGAGUAGUGUACAGGGUUUAUACAUUUUUUUGAGCUUAUGUUGGACUUUUAUCCGACACAAAUGACGAGACUAUAAUAAAUGUAAGAAAUAUGUAUGCAAUUAGAAAUGUAAAAAAAAAGGUAAUUACAAAUCUUUAUCUUAAAAUUUGGACUCUGGAUAAAAAAUAAUAAUAAUAAUUGCGAAUUGUGAAAUUCAGAGUUUCUGAGACUUUUUCUCUCAGAUUUUAGAUUUAUUUUUUGUUUGUUUUGUUUCCGUAUUUGCAACUUUUUAUCUUACUAUUCCCACUUUUUUUCUCUGAAUUGCGAUAUAUCUCACAAUUCCAACUUUAUAUCUCACAAGUUUCUGUGAUUCUGACUCUAUACUGUCUAGAAAGAUAGAAUUGUGAGAUAUGAAUUCAGAACUGUGAGUUAAAAACUCGCAGUUUUUAUUUUUUUUAUCUUGUGGCAGAAACAAGCUUCCAUAAAUAUAUAAUACAGUAUUUAUAUCUGCAUAUAUUGAAGGAAGUACAACAAAUAUUACUAUGAUGUAUAAAUACUAAAUAUAAUGUUUGUUUUUUUUUAAUUAUCAUUAUAACAUUAAAAUAAUGUUUGUGUGUGUGUGUGUGUUUUUAUUAUUUUUUUUAUUUUUGCAUUACGGUAAUGAGAAUAAGGGGAGUUUCCGAAAUGCUAAAUGUCUGAAAGAUAGACUUCUUUUUCGCCGAGUAAUUUUUUCUUCUGAUGCAGGCAUGUUCUUGAUGGGUUUCAUGAGAUCAGGUUCGUUUAUUGUAAAGGUUGAACCUCUAAAUGCAAAGUCAGGUCAGUUCUCGUCAUGUUUUCUGUAUUCCGCAGCUGUACUGUACGUAUGUUGAUAUUCAUCUUGUUUCCUUUGCAUUUCAUCAUCAAACAUAUUGCAACUGCAGGGCAGUUCACAGCAUUUAAUUUAUUAUCCCCACGCCUAAAGGAAGGUACUUGAAUAUGACAAGGUGUCCUCUGUUACAAACAGGACACUGUGCAUGAAACCAAAAAACAUUAAAAUCAAAAAAAUCACUUCGCCUCAGAUAACAGCCAGUGCCUUCUGUGUGUCUUCUUUUUUAAUUUUUUAUACGUCAUCCAAGUAUGAUACAGUAGCACUGUUUAUACUUUCGUUGUAUUAAAGAAAGAUUGGUGCAUGAAUUUUGUUUUCCCGUUCUCCCCAUUCUGUCAUGAAAGUCAAAUAGUGCUCCGCUGUGAACAAGCAAAAACUUUCAUCUCACCCGGUUAUUAAAAUGAGGUAUAAUAUGGACCAAACCAAAGCUAUUGAUGGCGACAGCUGCAGAAUGAUGCUAUAGGUUUGUGCUUUUGUUUGGAUUUGUGUUGUUUUAUUUGCUUGUGGCAAACAUUGUGAUCUGUACUAUUCCACAAAAAAAAGUUGAUACCAGAACUAUAAAUCACAAUUAUAUUGUGUUACGAUGUAGUAAGUGUAUUAACAACAAUACUGAUGCAUCUAUUGAAAGGCUCAUAAAGUUUACUUUUUUCACAGUAUUAAUAAAGGUCGACUUUCAAGCUUUUACUGCA